CAAUCCCUCACUGCAGAAGAAGAGGUAAAAGAAGACGCAGAAGAAGAAGCAGCCGCGUCGCUGCGAAGCAAUCAACACUUCACUCGCGCUCACAAUGGCGAGCUAGUCAGAAAGAAAUGGGGACGCUGCCCGCUGCCUGGACGCCGUAAAUCUUUUGCCCGAGGGCUGUAAUUUGUUUAGCUCGACCGAGGAAUGCUUGAAAGGUUAGAUGGGUAAGCGGAGGAGGACGUAGUUAGACGGGGUAUGUGGCGAAAGCCGCGGGUUUUAGUGGCAGUAGACGACGCUUUGCUACCAUGAGAGAGCGCGAGCCGGGUUUUCAGCGGGGGGCUUCACUUUAAAACCGGCCUUAGGCUCUUUCUCAAAGAGACACGUUUACACACAGCCGUACACACACUGACACACGGGGAAGCGGGAGAGUCUUUUGGUGUGGAAUGGCAGCCAGAAGUCGAAGAGCAUGGUUCAGUGUGCUUUUGGGAUUGGUGGUGGGUUUCACUCUGGCAUCCAGGCUGAUCUUACCCCGCGCCACGGAGCUGAAGAAAGCCGGGCAGAGGCGCAGUGCGAGCGGCGGGGGAGGCUGCGGCAUCAGCGGCCCGCUGAGGAGAGAGCACGGAGGGGGGAUGAGGUGGCCGGCGCAGGGGAGCGGCAUGCUGCCAACGGAGAAAGCCGUCCAGAGUAGCCAUAAUUUUCUCUUCGUGGGCGUUAUGACCGCGCAGAAAUACCUGAACAACCGCGCAGUGGCUGCUUAUAGGACCUGGGCUCAGACCAUCCCAGGCAAAGUGGAGUUCUUCUCUAGCGAGGGCUCGGACACGUCCAUCCCCAUCCCCAUCGUGGCCCUAAAGAACGUGGACGACUCUUACCCUCCACAGAAGAAAUCCUUCAUGAUGCUCAAGUACAUGCACGACCACUACCUGGACCGCUUCGAGUGGUUCAUGCGUGCCGACGACGACGUCUACAUCAAGAGCGAACGCCUGGAGAGCUUCCUGAGAAGCCUGAACAGCAGCGAGGCCAUUUUCCUGGGCCAGACAGGCAUGGGCGCUCGCGAUGAACUGGGCAAGCUGGCACUGGAACCCGGGGAGAACUUCUGCAUGGGAGGCCCGGGCGUGAUAAUGAGCCGCGAGGUGCUGCGCAGGAUGGUGCCUCACAUCCGCCAGUGCCUGCAGGAGAUGUACACCACACACGAGGACGUGGAGGUGGGACGCUGCGUGCGCAGAUUUGCCGGGGUGCAAUGCGUCUGGUCUUAUGAGAUGCAGCAGCUGUUUUAUGAGAACUAUGAACCGAAUAAGAAGGGCUACAUCCGGGACCUGCACAACAGUAAGAUUCACAGAGCCAUCACACUCCAUCCCAACAAGAACCCGCCUUAUCAGUAUCGGUUGCACAGCUACAUGCUGAGCCGCAAAAUAGCCGAACUUCGCCACCGGACCAUUCAGCUUCACCGCGAAAUCGUGCAGAUGAGCCGAUAUGGCAACAUGGAGGUGCAUAAGGAGGACUUGCAGCUCGGCAUGCCUCCAUCAUUCAUGCGCUUUCACCCACGCCAGAGGGAGGAAGUGCUCGAGUGGGAGUUCCUCACCGGGAAGUACAUUUUCUCUGCCUUGGAUGGGCAGCCCCCACGUCGUGGCAUGGACUCCUCCCAGAAAAUGGCACUGGACGACAUCAUCAUGCAGGUUAUGGAAAUGAUCAAUGCCAAUGCGAAAACGCGAGGGAGAGUCAUCGACUUCAAAGAGAUUCAAUAUGGCUACCGGAGGGUUAAUCCAAUGUACGGAGCCGAAUACGUGCUUGACCUGUUGCUACUUUACAAAAAGCACAAAGGGAAGACCAUGACAGUACCUGUCAGGAGACACGCUUAUCUUCAGCAGACCUUCAGUAAGAUCCACUUCCUGGAAGAGGACGAGAUGGAUGCUCAAGCACUGGCUGCACGGAUCAACCAGGGUUCGGACUCGCUGUCUUUCCUCUCCAGCUCCCUAAAGAAGUUUGUGCCUUUCAAGCUUAGCGGCUCGGGCACAGACCAGCAAGAACCCAAAGAGAAGAAGGUCAACAUCCUCGUGCCGCUGGCGGGACGUUACGAUAUAUUUGUACGCUUCAUGGCCAACUUUGAAAAGAUCUGCCUCAUUCCAAACCAGAACGUCAGGCUGCUGAUUCUUCUCUUCAGCACAGACAACAACACUGAGCGCAUGAAGCAGAUCGAGCUGAUGCGAGAGUAUCGUUUGAAAUAUCCCAAAGCAGACAUGGAGAUCGAGCCCGUCUCCGGCCCCUUCUCCCGCGCCCUGGCCCUGGAGGUCGGCUCCGCCCAUUUCAGCAACAACUCCUUGCUCUUCUACUGUGACGUGGACUUACUGUUUACAGCCGAUUUCCUCAAGCGCUGUCGUGCAAACACGGUAUUAGGGGAGCAGACCUACUUUCCGAUCAUCUUUAGCCAGUACGACCCAAAGGUCGUCUACGCCGGAAAAGUACCAAGCAACAACCACUAUGUGUUCACGUCCAAAACAGGCUUGUGGAGACACUUUGGCUUCGGCAUCGUCUGCGUGUACAAAGGUGACCUGGUUAGAGCGGGUGGCUUUGACGUCUCCAUCCAAGGAUGGGGAAUGGAAGAUGUGGACCUCUUUAACAAAUUUGUCCAGUCAGGGAUUAAACUGUUCAGGAGCACAGACACUGGCAUAGUGCACGUACAUCACCCUGUCAUAUGUGACCCCAACUUAGAUCCCAAACAGUACAAGAUGUGCCUGGGUUCCAAAGCUUCAUCUCAUGGUUCAACACAGCAGCUGGCUGAGCUGUGGCUGGAGAAGAACGACCAUGGCUUCCGAAGGAUCUCUAGUUCAAACAAUGGCUCAAUGAGGACAGCAUAGGCCCUGCAAGCAAGGACCUCUACCUGCCUGUCUUCCUCUUUAUGGUGUUUUCAGCUACCUAAUUUAUUUUUUCAUAAAAAAAAAAAAAAGACUUCUGUGGAUAUAUUUUGAAAUAACUCCUUUUAUAAAGUAUACAAAAAAAACCACAAGAGCAAAGACGUUAUCAGUGCCAGAAAUUGGUUAUAAAAUGGACCCUCAAGUGUUGGAAGAUCAAAGUGUGUUUUUCUUUCACAAACCCAAAAAAGAGCAGCGUUGUAUUUAUGGCACCUCAUGUGAGGACGCUAAGUAUACUGUGUACCUCAGUGAUGUGCACAUCAAUCACAGUGUGUGUGUGUGUGUGUGAGUGUGUGUGAGAGGAGAGACCUGCUUUAAUGAGGGUCUGACUUCAGAUGUGCAAACGUGGUGUAGAGGAACAAUUUAAUGUAUUAUUUGUGAAUGUUUACAGGAAGCCUCACAAACAAGUGUUUGUUGGAAAAGCUGACAAAAUAACUAAAUUAUUGCAAUUAAGGGCCAUAAACCAUGUCUGCAUUUCUGUUGAUCCCUAUUUUGUUUCUGUUAUGACACUGUUUUGUUUUUGUUUUGUGGGUUUUUUUGUUUCAUUUCAUGAAUUGUGACUUAUGUGAACAGAACUGCUGGAUCUAGGUUUUGACUUUCCGACUCAUUCCCGCUGUCUAAUUUAUUAAAUACGCGGUCUUGUGUAGCGCUAUCAGACUGCCGUCGUGUAUAUUAGAUUGUUAUUAGUUUGAUCCAGCUCGCUCAUCGAGUUGUUCAUUUGUUUUUCUGAUACUCACUUAAUUUGGUUACCAAAGAUUUUUUUGCACAGUUGCUGUAGGUGUGUGUGUGUACUGUGGGUGUGUGUGUGUGUACUGUGGGUGUGUGUGUGUGUUUAUGUAUGUAUGCAGGCAGUCAUGAACAUUAGGAAUGAGGUACUGACAGUGGGAUUAUUUACAAUUUCUCCAACUUUUUACCUAGUCAUGUAGAAAUAGUCACAGUGUUUGUUUGUUUUUUUUUCUUCUUCCUAAAUUCUCACCAAAUCUGCACAGUGUUUCGUUUUGUUGUUUUUUUGUUUUUGUUUUCUUCUUGUUAGACCUUUAAUAUUGUAAAGCAAUUUGCAGGACCUUGAUCGAUCAUUCCUACGUGGUGGAGCCAUGCUGUGUGGAGGUAGGGAGGGUGUUUGCCCACCACCUCACCUUUGGGACUCAUGGACUGCUCUUCCUCAAUGUUACACACCAUCUGUCUGGGGCUUAUUUUGUACUUCUGUUCGGUUAGCCCCCAUCCAACUGGGAAAAGGUUAUAUAUUAAUAAAUGGAAAAAAAAAAGUUUGUUAAA